AUGCAUCAGGUCAUAAUUCAAUGGGACGUGGUAAUAGCUCUUAACCUACUCUUCAGUUGGUGCCAUGGAGGAAUGACAACGAUAAGCUGCUCUGGCCACAUCUGGGUAGAACCAGCCACAAUUUUUAAGAUGGGGAUGAAUAUUUCGAUAUAUUGUCAAGCAGCAAUUAAGAAUUGCCAACCAAGAAAUUUUUAUUUUUAUAAAAACGACGUGCGACAAGGAUCUCAAGUGAUGAGGAUAAAUAAAACAACAGCUCGCCUUUGGUAUGAGAACUUCCUGGAAGCCCGCGCGUCUCUGUACUGCACUGCCGAAUGUCCGGGGCGUGCUAGAGAGACGCUGAUAUGUGGAAAAGACAUUUCUUCUGGCUAUCCACCAGAUGUUCCUGCCAAUGUGACCUGUGUCAUUUAUGAGUAUUCAGGCUGCAUGACUUGUACAUGGAAUAUCGGGAAGCUCACCUACAUCGACACAAAAUAUAUGGUGCAUGUGAAGAGUUUAGAGACAGAAGAAGAAGAGCAAUAUCUUACAUCAAGCUAUAUUAACAUCUCCACUGACUCACUGCGAGGUGGCAAGAAGUAUGUGGUUUGGGUUCAGGCUACAAAUGUGUUGGGCACAGAGCAAUCGGAACAGCUGCAAAUUCACCUGGAUGAUAUCGUGAUUCCUGCCACAACCGUCAUUUCCAAGGCUGAAAAGACAAAUACCACAGUGCCCAAGAUUGUCAUUCACUGGACGAGUCAAACAACCUUUGAAAAGCUUUCCUGUGAAAUGAGAUACAGGGCUACAACCAAUGUGUCUUGGAAUGUCAGAGAGUUUGACACCAAUUUUACAUACGUGCAAAGGUCAGAAUUCGACGUGGAGCCGGACACUAAGUACGUAUUUCAAGUGAGAUGUCAAGCAGCAGGUAAACGCUAUUGGCAGUCGUGGAGUUCCCCCUUUUUUCACACAACGCACCAAACAGUUCCCCAGGUCACACGGCAGUCAUUCCAACAGGAGAAUCCGACUUCUGAGCUUCCAAUGGCCUCCAUCCUUAAAGGACACCUCGCCAUUGACAACCAGCAACAGGACACUGGACUUUUAUCAGGAAUGGUCAGCUUUGGCAUUAUGUUAUCCAUUCUUGCUUUGAUUGGUGUGUUUAACAAAUCUCUCCGAACUGGAAUUAAAAGAAGAAUCCUAUGGCUAAUACCACAAUGGCUUCAUGAAGAGAUUCCCAAUAUAGGAAAGAGUAACGUUGUGAAGAUGCUACAGGAAAAAAGUGAAUUUAUGAAUAAUAAUUCUAGUGAACAGUUCCUGUAUACUGAUCCCAUGAUAACAGAGAUAAGAGAAACCUUUCUCUCCGAAGAACGUAAGCCCACAGACUACAAGAAAGGAACAGGUACCGAAUCCCAGGGAACAAGAGACUGCUUGCAAGAGUCAUUACUUGUCAAUUCUUCAGUUGUAUAUAUCCCUGAUCUCAACACUGGCUAUAAACCCCAGAUUUCAAACUUCCUUCCUGGGGAAAGCUCUCUUAGUAAUAACGGGGAAACAGAUUCUUCAACUCUUAAGCCGUUAGUCGAUUCCUUGGAUCUGGGAAAGAAUGCCAUAUUGAAGAAAUAUCCACAUUUUGAUUUUUCGGUUUCCAGUAUGAAUUCUCUAGGCAAUGCACUAAUUCUUGAAGAAUUAAGCCUCAUUUUAAAUCAGGGAGAAUGCAAGCCUCGUGACGUGCAAGACUCAAUCGAGGGGGAAACCAGCGGGCUGUUGGAAAAUGGUUCACUCAGUGGAACUAUUCCGGAGCAGACUCUGCCUGAUGAGCUCGUCUCCUGCUUAGGGGUCACCAACGAGGAGUUGCCAUCUAUUAACCCGUAUUUCCCACAAAAUAUUUUGGAGGAACAUUUCAGUAAGAUUUUACUUUGGGAAAAAUAG